UUGGAGCAUGCGAACAAACCUUAAGUUGAUUCCGUAUCUUCAAACAAGAUACAGAAUCGAUCCUCUAGCCUGCAGCAUCCUUCCGGGACGCUCUCAGGCCCGUCGACCACGACCGAUUCCUCAAGUCAUCAACUGGCGAUUCUCAUUAUUGUAUAUAUUUAAAGGUAUAAUUGCUAGCAGCUUGGAUAAUCAAAAGAAUACAUCUGAACAUAAAGUCUUGAAAAUAAAAUGUACUCAGAAAGUCAAAUACAUGUUACCAAUAAUGAUUCUGAGAUGAAACUUUCUGAUACCAAAGAUUCUAAGGAAUCUAGGAAAGUACAGGCAGGUUUUUUAGAAAAUCCAAAUCAGAAUAAAGUUAAAAAAAAUGUCUCCACAAGAAGUGAAAUACAUGCUACUAGUGAGAUAUCAAUAGAAAAAUCUAAUUGUAGCACAGAUGAAAGUUCAAGUAAACGACAGAAAUUAAAUGAAAGUGGGAAUAAUACAAGUGCUAGAAAAGUGAGUGAUGAUACACUUACGUUUCAAAGAAAUGAAUUAGAACAGCAAAAUUAUUGCAAGGAACAAAAUACAUCAAGGGAUACUGAGAACAUUUCUUGGAAUUCUUUGUUUAAUGAUAUAACAAGAGAAACUCCUAUCCUUGAUGUGUUUGAAGGUAAUGUUGCAUCUGCUUACACUGAAAAUGAUUCAGUUCAGAAAGAAUCAUCAAAUAGUUUAAAGAUUAGCAGAGCAGAAUCAGAAAUGUUUAAUGAUGAAUCUGAUCAAUACAAAGACAAAAGAGGAAUAAAGAAACCGUCUACUAACUACUUAGAAAUAAAAAAAUCAUCUCCUAAUUGGUUUGGCAUUGUGCCGGAAGUGACAAAUCGGCAAAUAGGUAAUAGUCCGUUAUUCCAAAGAAGAUUUCAUGGUUCUUUACUUGCAAUGGAACGACUCGAGUUUAUGUAUAGUCUUAAUGAUAAGAAAUUCGUAACUGCCUUAAAUUUCAAUCAAAAAGGAAAUUUAUUAGUGAGUGCGUGUAGAAAUUCUGUUUCUAUUUGGGAUUGGGCUAUAAGGAAAAAGCGUCACUGUUUUACGAUUAAUUGUUUCUUUAUAUUGCAAGCCAUAUGGUUGCCAUUAGACGUGGAAAAUUUUAUUGUCAUUUGUGAUGUUGAUGGUACUAUACGUUUAUUAGAUCUUGAACACAAUGCAUCGAAACUGAUAAUGGAUUUUCAUAAAACGAGAACUUUGGCUGUGCAUCCUGAAACACCUUAUGUGGUGUUUUCUGCUGGAAUUGAUUCAAAAGUAUUUUCCAUAGAUAUCCGAGAAAAUACUCCAAAUGAAUUACUUGUGGUAAGAGAAGAUCAAAAUAUUAGUCUAUACAGUAUACAUUGUAAUCCUUCUAAUAGUAAUGAAUUUUGCGUCAGUGGCGAUUCUUUCUGCGUGAGGGUGUAUGAUCGGCGAAAUGUUUCAAAGCCGCUUUAUCAAUUGUGGUCCAGAUAUGACAUGAAUGAGUCCCCGUUUAUAAGAACCGCUAUGUAUAAUCAUAAUGGAACAGAAAUUCUCGCAUUGUGCAAUUUUGAUAGUAUAUUGUUAUUUGAUAAAUCAAUGUGGAUCAAUAAGUCAUGUGAAGAAAGUUGGAAACAUAUGUACGAAAAACCUCCAUUUCAGUCUGUGCACGUGAAAAAGUUUCGUAUAAAAUUAGAGGUAAUUAAUUUUUUCGGAUCUAAUAGUGAAUAUAUUAUGUCUGGAUCCAAUUGUGGUGAUAUAUUCAUUUAUGACAAGGAUACAGGAGCUGGUGUACAGCAAUUGCCACUGUACGAUAGCAAUCAUACAUUUUUUAGCAAAAGAGUAAGUUGCUUAGUGGGUCAUCCGCAUAUUCCCAUUCUUGCGACGACAUAUGGAUCCAAUGUUAGGAUGUGGUCGCCUUCAAGCAGAGAAUCUCCGGCACAAUCAACAUUCAAGAAUGAAGAAUUUGAGGAGUUUCGUGAAUGGAAACCAAGGAGGCAACAACGAUUAUUAUCUCUCCGACCCAAAUUAUCUUUUCGAUCAUAAUAUCUCCAAUAUCGAUGACUAUUAUUCCGACGACUUAUUGAUGGUGCUAAAUAAACGUCAAUGAUAGUCAAUUGGGAGACAAGGAUAUUUUGAAACAAUAUAGUAUUCAAUAAAAGAAAUAUAAUAAUG